AUGUCUGGUUUUCUCCCGUCCAAACUAAAAAUGACACAGAACCACGGACAUAUCGAGAUGAUCAACUUUAGUGCAAUAAUCGAGAUAGGUAAGAUUCUUAUCAAGAAACCAAAUUUAAAUUCAAAACUCAUUCAACCCAAUUUCAAAAUUAAUGAUAUUCGAGAUUGUAAUUGGACUUCAUUAAAACGAUGUGGAUUCAAUGGUAUCAUCAUUGAUAAAGAUAACUGUCUAACUAGAGCAGGCGAUGAUCGCUUGAUAGAUGAACUGAGACACUCAUGGAAUGAUUGCCUGAAAACGUUCGGUCAUGAAAAUGUAUUAGUAGCAGAGAUUUUAACUCGAAAACUCAAUUCUACCAUCUUGAUACACGAUCAUCCUAAACCGGCUAAAUCGGUUAUUCAUUCGAUCCAAUCUUACUUUGGUGGAUUUGAUCAAAAACAUAAUCAUUCAGCUAAAGUGAUGAUUCGACCCGACACAAAACUCCAAAAUAGAACAGAUCAAAUUCCAAAUCUAAUUGUUAUCGGUGAUCGAUUCUCAACUGAUAUUAUCUUGGGGACAAGACUAAGGGAACGAAUUCCUCAAUCUGGAUCCGUUCUUACUAUCUUGACUCAAUCUAUUUGGAAGCCUGAAUCAUAUGGAACCAAGUUAAUGAGAUGGUGUGAAGAUCGAAUAUCACAAUCGGAUAAAUCUAAGUCUGAUGAACAAUCACAAUCGCACGGACUAUCACACCAAGAAUCAGUAUCGCAUGAAGAAUUACAUCUAGAUCACGAAUUACAAUCUUGUUUCAAUCUUCCUUCUCAAUCCUCAUCCUCUCCUCAACCCAAAUCAAUCAUCCAAAUUAACUCUGAUAAACUUUCAAACUUUUCUAAUCAAAUCUUAUCAAAUCUCAAAGAAUUUUACCUUCAAUCUUUUGGUUUAGGAUUUACUUUACCUCAAAGUUUAAAACAAUUGAAAGUUUGGUAUAAAAAACCUUAUCAAAUUUGA